GAUUUGGCGGGCGGAGGAGGAGCUGUCGCAGGCAGCCGCCUCACAGCGAUGGCGGCCGAGCAGGGCCGGCAGCGGCUGCGGCUCCGGCUCUGGCCGGACACGACAGUGGUGGCGGUAGCGGCGGGCGGCGGGGGCCUGUGACCGGGAGCCGCCCCGGACCCGGGCACCAUGAGCCAAGGCCCCCCCCCAGGGGAGAGCAGCGAGCCCGAGGCGAAGGUCCUCCAUACCAAGCGGCUUUACCGGGCUGUGGUGGAGGCUGUGCAUCGACUCGACCUCAUCCUUUGCAACAAAACCGCUUAUCAAGAAGUGUUUAAACCAGAGAACAUUAGCCUGAGGAACAAGCUGCGUGAGCUCUGCGUCAAGCUUAUGUUCCUGCACCCAGUAGACUAUGGGAGAAAGGCUGAGGAGCUGCUGUGGAGAAAGGUGUACUACGAAGUUAUUCAGCUUAUCAAGACGAAUAAGAAGCACAUCCACAGCCGGAGCACCUUGGAAUGUGCCUACAGGACGCACCUGGUUGCUGGGAUUGGCUUCUACCAGCAUCUGCUGCUCUACAUCCAGUCCCACUACCAGCUGGAGCUUCAGUGCUGCAUCGACUGGACCCAUGUUACUGAUCCCCUCAUAGGAUGCAAGAAGCCAGUGUCUGCGUCAGGGAAGGAGAUGGACUGGGCACAGAUGGCCUGCCACCGAUGUCUCAUGUACCUGGGGGAUUUGUCACGAUAUCAGAAUGAAUUAGCUGGCGUAGACACUGAGCUGCUAGCUGAGAGAUUUUACUACCAAGCCCUGUCUGUAGCUCCCCAGAUCGGAAUGCCCUUUAACCAGCUGGGCACCCUUGCAGGCAGCAAGUACUACAACGUGGAAGCCAUGUACUGUUACCUGCGCUGCAUCCAGUCGGAAGUGUCCUUCGAGGGGGCCUAUGGGAAUCUCAAGCGGCUGUAUGACAAGGCAGCCAAGAUGUACCACCAGCUGAAGAAGUGUGAGACUCGGAAACUGUCUCCCAGCAAGAAGCGCUGUAAAGACAUCAAGAGGUUGCUGGUAAACUUUAUGUACCUUCAAAGCCUCCUGCAGCCCAGGAGCAGCCCGGUGGACUCAGAGCUGACCUCACUCUGCCAGUCAGUCCUGGAGGACUUCAAUCUCUGCCUCUUCUACCUGCCAUCCUCACCCAGCCUCAGCCUGGCCAGUGAGGGUGAAGAGGACUAUGAAAGUGGCUAUGCCUUCCUCCCAGACCUCCUCAUCUUUCAGAUGAUCAUCAUUUGUCUCAUGGGUGUGCAUAGCUUGAAGAGAGCAGGGUCCAAACAGUACAGUGCAGCCAUUGCCUUUACCCUGGCCCUCUUCUCCCACCUCGUCAACCAUGUCAAUAUACGGCUGCAGGCUGAGCUGGAGGAGGGUGAGAAUCCUGUGCCGGCGUUCCAGAGCGAUGGCACAGAUGAGCCCUUGGAGAAGGAGGAGGCGCCAGACCCUGAGCCCCCUCCUGCAGCACCUCAAGCAACUGAGGUCAGAAAGAGCCGGAAGUUCUCUCGCCUCUCCUGCCUCCGCCGCCGCCGCCACCCACCCAAAGCUGGAGAUGACAGUGACCUGAGUGAAGGCUUUGAAUCAGACUCGAGCCGUGACUCAGCCAGGGCUAGUGAGGGCUCAGACAGUGGCUCCGACAAGAGUCUCGAAGGUGGGGGAACAGCCUUUGAUGCUGAGACAGACUCAGAAAUGAACAGCCAAGAGUCCCGGUCAGACCUGGAAGACAUUGAGGAUGAGGAGGGUACUCGGUCCCCGGCCCUGGAGCCCCCUCGGCCCAGGUCGGAGGCUCCCGAGUCUCUCAAUGGCCCACUGGGCCCCAGUGAGGCGAGCAUUGCCAGCAAUCUACAGGCCAUGUCCACGCAGAUGUUCCAGACCAAGCGCUGCUUCCGACUGGCGCCCACCUUCAGCAACCUGCUCCUCCAGCCUUCCACUGAGCCCCAUACUGUAGCCAACCGCAGGUCAUGUGUCAAUGGAGAUGCAGACAAGCCUUCGGAACCAGCCUCCGAGGAGGGCUCCGAGUCGGAGGGCAGUGAAUCUAGUGGGCACUCCUGUCGGAAUGAGCGCAGUGUCCAGGAGAAGCUGCAAGUCCUGGCAGCCGAAGGCCUGCUUCCUGCCGUGAAGGUCUUCCUGGACUGGCUGCGGGCCAACCCUGACCUCAUCGUUGUGUGUGCACAGAGCUCUCAAAGUCUGUGGAAUCGCCUGUCUGUGUUGCUGAACCUGUUGCCAGCUGCUGGUGAGCUCCAAGAGUCUGGCCUGGCCCUGUGUCCCGAGGUCCAGGACCUACUUGAAGGUUGUGAACUGCCUGACCUGCCCUCCAGUCUGCUGCUCCCAGAGGACACGGCCCUUCGUAACCUGCCUCCCCUCCGGGCUGCCCAUAGACGCUUCAACUUUGACACAGACCGGCCCCUGCUUAACGCCUUAGAGGAGUCAGUCGUGCGCAUCUGCUGCAUCCGCAGCUUUGGCCACUUCAUCGCCCACCUGCAGGGCAGCAUCCUGCAGUUCAGCGCAGAGGCUGGCAUCUUUGUCAGUAUCGCCCAGUCUGAGCAGGAGGGCGUGCUGCAGCAGGCCCAGGCGCAGUUCCGCAUGGCUCAGGAAGAGGCCCGUCGGAACAGGCUGAUGAGAGACAUGGCCCAGUUGCGACUUCAGCUCGAGGUCUCUCAGCUGGAAGGGAGCCUGCAGCAGCCCAAGGCCCAGUCAGCAAUGUCUCCCUACCUCGUCCCGGACACCCAGGCCCUCUGCCACCACCUCCCGGUCAUCCGCCAGCUGGCCACCAGUGGCCGCUUCAUUGUCAUCAUCCCAAGGACAGUGAUUGAUGGCCUGGAUUUGCUGAAGAAGGAACACCCAGGGGCCCGGGAUGGGAUCCGAUACCUGGAGGCAGAGUUUAAGAAAGGAAACAGGUACAUUCGCUGCCAGAAAGAAGUAGGAAAGAGCUUCGAGCGGCAUAAGCUGAAGAGGCAGGAUGCAGAUGCCUGGACGCUCUAUAAGAUCCUGGACAGCUGCAAACAGUUGACUUUGGCCCAGGGGGCAGGUGAGGAGGACCCAAGCGGCAUGGUGACCAUCGUCACAGGCUUUCCACUGGACAACCCCAGUGCGCUCUCAGGCCCCAUGCAGGCAGCCCUGCAGGCCGCUACACAUGCCAGUGUGGACAUCAAGAAUGUUCUGGACUUCUACAAGCAGUGGAAGGAGAUUGGUUGAGAUGGACCCCCCCCAGGCCCUGCAGUGGGGCUGCAUCCAGAUCUCUCCUGCCCUCCCUGGCAGCCAGGACCACCACCUGUAGUCACCCCACCACACACAGAAGCACGCACGCAGGAAGGAAGCCCAGCUGCACGCAGGCCGCAGGGAGGGCCCCAGGAGCUGCAGGGAAGGCCCCUAAACCCUUGGGAGGGCGGGUCCCCCUGUUGCGAAGAUGACAUCAGGAGAGUGAGGGAAGUGCUUGGAGCAGGAGAGGCAUGUGGGCCCCCCACCCACCCACCUGCCUCAGUGCCCCCACCCCCACCCCCCCACCGCUGCUGUCCCCAUGGGCAGGUGGCCGGCAUGGCAUGGGAGUCUGUCUCAUUGGAGCAGUGUGUGGACCUCUGAGGGGAAGGGACAGAAGGGCCCCUCUUUCUCCCAAGACACGGCGGUGGGUGCUAGGGGAAGAACUGGGUACCAGAAGACGUCUGGGUGGUCCUCUGCAGUCCCUUCCCUUCGAGGACCUCCCAUCGUCCUCUCCAUGCAGGUGGGACAGCUCUGGAGCCUUGGGGACUCUGGAAGGAGAGGGCCUGGGAGUGGGGCCAGGGUGUGACCCCUCCUGCUGCCCCACUUGUGCUUUCUGUCUCCAGUCUCCAUCUGCCCAGCUCAGUGAGCCCAGCCAUCAAUGGCCAUCUGGCCCACGUGCCAGCCAGGGUUCCUGUACCCACAGCCCCAUGGCCAUGGUACCUGGAAGAGAAGGGGGUACAGUGUGAGGCCAGCAGCCCCCUCCCUGGGGGAGGCCUGCAUUGAGGUGGGCAGCAAAAAGGAGAGCCCCUGAGAGCUGCCCCAUCAGGGGUCUGCUGUCCCUGUGGGGCUGAGCAUGGGGCAAGCUUGGGCAAGUGGCAAGGGGAACAAGCCGAGAUCAUGAAUAGCUCAGGGCAGUGGGCAGAGUGGCCGGCGCAGGCGCUUUGGGGGGCUCUGGCCAGGAAGCCUCAGCCCCUUACCCUAGGGCUGGCCAGGAGCUCAGCCAGGGGGCCGGGGUUCCUGGCUCUGAUGCCCCCUUCCUCAGCAUUAGCCUGGCUUCCCAGGCUGUUCUUGGAGAAGAGUGAGCUUCCUGCCUCCUUCCUCUAAGACAGUCUGGGACAACCUGGGGCGGGGUGGGGUGACCCCCAUGCCCAGUCCAUGGCAGAGACUGAGACUAAAGCAUCACUUAAUAAAGACCCCUCGAAGCCCA